AUGAUCGUUUGCGUCUCCGUCGUCGGUCACCAGAACAAUCCGCUUUACAUACAGAGCUUCACUGAUGCAGACGAUGCCCUCAAGCUCCACCACAUCGUUCAUUGCUCCCUCGAUGUCAUCGAAGAGAGAGUGAACAAUCCGAAAAAGUCUGGUACGACCUUGAACGAGGCAUUUCUUGGACUGCUUUAUCCCACAGUGAACUACAAAGUGUAUGGUUACUUGACUAAUACCAAAGUCAAAUUUAUAUUGGUCACAACUGAUUUGGAUGUUAGAGACACCGAUGUGAGAAGUUUCUUCAGGAAGUUCCAUGCUGCUUACGUAGAUGCAGUCUCAAACCCAUUCCAUGUCCCUGGGAAAAAGAUAACGUCAAGAACCUUUGCACGAACUAGACUCCUGGGGGGACUUGUUCAGGCCAACAACUUGCUUGAGGACCAAAGCCAGCUCGAGUCAGGCAAUCUUAGCACGCACGACUCUGGUUCAUACGGCACCUUUUUUGGACUUUAUGGCGGCCACGGUGGGUCCAGCAUCUCAAGAGUGAUCAGUAAGAUGAAGCCAUUAAUCACAGUGCAUCGCUGUAUCAUCUGUGCUUCUGAUGGUAGCUGGGAACACUUGAGCAACAAAAGAAACCGUUGA